AUGGAUGGGCUGUUGUAUAGCCUGGCCGUGGUGGAGGGACGACAUGCAACGGGGAGACAAGCGGCAAAGAUGAAGACGACAGGACGAAGACUGGAAGAAAAAGAAGAAGAAGACGAAGAAGAUGAGAAAGACGAGAAGAAGCGAUAUCGACUUCGCCUCCAAGCCGUCCGUCAACAAGACUUUCCUGCUACCUACGCCCAACUACGCCGCCGCUGGUGGCACGACCAAAAAAGCACCUCCCAGCCGCUAUUGGAAGAGACCGCAACAACAGUGUCUGUGACCGCUGCUAGCUCUUCGUACUUGGGUUUCAAGUUUCAGGUUUGUCCAGGGGGUGGCUAUCCAGCAGCACAGCAAGGAGCGAGCGGAAGAAAGAACUACAAAGCCGGGGGUAAGGAAGGCUACCUUAAACAACUCCUGGCCCAGAGAGCAAAAAAGGAAGAGGCAGGCCCCCCCAAAAAAAGGCGCAGACUUCCUCCAACUGAGCAUGAGAUGCCCAAUUGCUCUUCUCCCAGACGGUGGGCCUCUCGGGGGGGUGAUGGAAUCAGGUAUUGCUUUUUCAGCUCUUUGAUCUUCGCUGCAUUAUUACGAGGACGACAGGCUGAUGGAUCUCGACGGAGUAGCGACGGAGUAUGUAUGACCAUCAAAGCCGGCACCGACGCUCGAGAACGCCUGGAGAUACAGUUUGGUGGCAGCCGGAGGAACAACUAA